AUGCUUUCAUCUACUAUCAAUAAUGUAAAUGGUUUAAAAAAAUGUUACCAUAUAAUUAUACGGAGAAAUCUUGGAUAUUUGACUAUUUCUCCUCUUUUUAUAACUCAAUUAGGAACAAGUUCAAAAUUACCGGAAAUUAAUAUAAAUAACAGUGGUCUAGUUAAAGAUUCCAAUGAUUUUACAAAUUCUAGUUUUGAACCCAGUUCGCCCUCUGAAGUAGUAAAAUGUUAUCAACUACUUAGAAGCAAAUUAAAGGGAUAUGAUGACUUGGAAUUCUUGGAAAGACUAUCAAGGAAAACCUUGUCAAAUUUAACAAAACUGACGCCUGAGGAAUUGGUUAAUAUCACUGAAAUAUUAUCAUCGCUAAAGUACAGAAAUGUGCUUCUAAUGCACGCCAUAACUGAGUCACUUUAUUGGAUGUGUAAGCUUAGAAAAGUUAAAUUACAACAUUUAACAAAGUUUUUAAAGUUUUCUAUUCUUCUCAAGUAUAUACCUAAUGUGAGAUAUUUGGAUGUAUUUUUUAAGGAAAUUGAUGAUAUUAAACAUAAAAAAACUGUCGGAGAUUAUUUAAGAAUAUUACAAUUCUUGGUGAAGAGUGACUUAUGGGUAUAUGAAAGAUAUAUAAAGUUAUAUUUGAAGCUUUAUGAACACUGUGUUAAUAAUUUGGGCCUUAUGCCACACAGUAAUUUAUCUUCUUUUUCUCAAAUUCAAACCAUAAUUGAUGAUUCCAAUACAGAAUUGUUUGAGAGAAUUUGUAUGAAUUUCGAAAGAGAAGUGGAGAAGUCCGAAGUAAAACACUUGAGAAUGUUGUGCAAUUCGUUAUUAAAAUCGAAUAUUAAUCAAUUACCAUUGGCAUUUAAUAGAGUCAUAAAAUAUUACUUAAACUGCCGUAAAAAUGAUUUUACACCCAAUUUAUCUAUUGAAACCCUAAAUUUGUAUGUGAAGUUUUAUUAUCGAGAUACCGAAAUAUUAAAUAAACUUGGGAAUAUUGUGGCUGAAAGUUUAUCUAAUUAUACACCAUCUCAGUUGGCAAUAUUAUUAAACGGAUUUUCAACGUUUUCUUACAAACAUAAGGAGUUAAUUAAGGCAAUAACUCAGUAUAUCUCAGGAUUAGAAAUAGGUGAUCCAACUGUUAAUCUUAGGCUCAUUUCUUCUCUAUCGAAUCUCAUUUCCAAGACUAAAUUUCACCAUAUCACUUCGAUCAACUAUAUUAAUCACAUUUCAACACUCCUUACCACAAAUACUAGUGAUUGUAUUCAUAGUAGUGGUAGGGCUGAUAGUGUAGUAAGCGUUGAUAGUGGUAGUGUGGGAAUGGGACUUAAAAGGAUAAUAACUAGUGAUAUAAUAAAAUUAAAUCAAGUUCCGGUACAAAAUUCAGUUAAUUCAACUAAACCACACAAAUUAAUGAAUAAAGUAAAAUCAAGCCAAGUAAAGGGAAGAUUGAGAUAUGUACCAGAGUCAACUGAUAUAAUAAAAGUACAAACUCUUUCCGAAUGUUUGGCCCAAUUUUAUGAGAAAUUCUUCAAUGGAGUCCAUCCAGCAAAUGAGAGACUAAUUAGAAGAAAAUUAAUGUUACAUCACCUUAAGACUCAUAAUAGUGUUGGUAUUGGUAGUAUUGGUGGUGGAAUUAGUAAUAAGUUUGAGGUGAACAAGAGUUUAAGUAAAGUGUAUAAUGAGAAAAGAUAUGAUAAUAAUUAUAACACAUCAAUUAAAAGGGUAAAAUAUAAGAUGAGAUAUUCUGGUUCGAGAUAUGUACAGCCAACCACUUACUACAUUAAUGAAACUAAAAUAUUAAAACGGUUAUUUUUGGCCCAAUUCACACGAAAGUUGCCCAAUUCUCUAAACCAUGGGUAUAUGCUAAUGGAUAAUGAAUCUAAUAAUCAUGAAUCUACCCUUAUAAGUAAUAGAUUGAGAUUAGUUGACGGGAUAAUUGGUAGUGAAAAUGAUAAGUAUUAUGUUGAUACUGGUAUUAAUAAUAUACAAUGGAAUAAGUUAAGGUAUAAAACCAAGUGUAAGGUUUGGAAGGAAUUGAGUUUAUUUAAGCCUGUAAAAGGUAUAAUUAACUACUUAAUGGAGAAUAAUAACUGGAUGUUAGAUGAAAAAUCCACAACGGUUGGUGUGGAAAAGGUUCAAAAAAGUGAAUUAGAGUAUAUAAUAGCAAUAAUUUCAUCAUUAAGUAGAAUUAACUGUAUAUCAUUUCCACUAACAAAUUCACUUUUACAAAAUUUUACUAAAUUCGUUGAAACCUGUAAUGACUCUGAAACCUAUAGUUUAAGGUUCUUAAAUUCGUUUAAUAUACUUUUAACAUCAGUUAAACCCAUAAUAUCAACUGACCGCUCAUCAACCAUACUCAACUCUAUUAUGUUAUUUCUCAAGAGUGGAGAAUUUGAGGGGAUAAUUGACGAAUAUUUAAGAAGUAAAACUGUUGAAAAAAGUACUUUGAACAAAUUAUUACACAAUUUAUCAUUCAUUAUUCUCUACAAAAACAUGGAUCAUUUUAAGAGUGUAAAUGAGUUGAAAAUGAAUAAUUCGGAAGGAAUAUUAAAUAUUAUGUGUAAAAUAAUUAAAGAAUAUCAUAGUGUUGAUACUUUGGAUACAAACACAAUUGAUACUGUGGAAUGGUUAAAUAAUUUAUCAUACACAUUUUGGUUAAUCAAUAAUGAAGAAAAUGUUAAUAGUGGUAAAAUGUUUGAAGAAGUUAGUAAAAUAAUGUAUAAGGAAGUUAAUAAAAUAAUUGAACAAUUAAAAAUAAAAAACUGUGAAACUAGCCUUAUCAAAUACUACUUGAGUAUUAUUGAUAAUUAUCAAAGAUCAUUAAAUAAUAAUAAUAGUGUUAAUACAAGUAUGAGUGUAAAGAAUAUUGAUGUAAAAAAUAGCUUAAAGGAGUUGAUGGAAAAAUAUAAAAUGAACGAGAAGAUGAUAAGUAAUUUCGUGGUUGACGGACUAAAAUUAAAAAAUAAUUUGGCUUUUUUCCAAAAAAUAAUGGAAUUUAAUAAAAUAAAUCCUAAUACUCGCCAUGGUGAUACCCAACUUUACAAUUUUUACUAUUAUUAUUACGCAGCAUCCUCUCCGGGGUUGAUAAGUCCUCUCUCUGAUCCCGUUAAUCAUGCUAAUGGUUUCAGGAAAAGCUUUUCUGAUGUAAGAUUAGCCAAGAUAACCCAUAGAGGGAAGGAAGCACCCAUAAGAUUUGUAUUUCAUGAAAUUUUAAGGAUAUUAUCAAAGCACAAGAGAUCUUUACAUACUUUGGAAUUAGAGAAAGCGUUAAGAAAUAUAGGAUUUGAGGGAGUGAAUAUAUCUACUAAUAAAGAGUUGUUUGAUUUGUUGAAUAAUAACAAGUUAAUAGAGUUUAACAUAGCUACUAAGCGCUUGCUUUACAAGAACAGGUUUGAGUCGAUAGUAUCUCAGGAGACGCUUCUGUCUUUCGUCGUCAGUAACACAUAUAAAGGACUCAGAGUUAACCUUGAACUCCUUUCCUCUAGUCCUUCUAUGGUCAUUUGGGUCAAUGAUCUUUUAAAAUAUCGCAAAGUGAGGGUUUUACGCUCUAAUUCAUCAAAUACUAAAGGUAAGAAGAGGUGUCGCUUUGCCGGGUCUCAGAACCAGUGUGGAGUAUACAGCUCCUCAAAGUGUCAGGAGUGCUACAGUAACGUAGAAGGCUUGAUCCUGUUCCCGCUCGGCAAGGAUCAGUUCGAACACGACCGUUUUAAGCUCGAUCAUGACAUCAAAAAUCUCUGGGACUCAGUGGCGAUACCUUCAAUGGAUCAAUUAUUACGUGAUUAUAACAUUUCUCAGACUGUAAUUACAUUUCAACCAGUUCAAACUGAGAAGAAGAAGCGUAAGGAAGCAAAAGGGUAUGAAUCAAAGUGUUUAAUUUGUUUAGAUAUAAGGUUAAAAUGCGGAAAAUAUACAACACGCAUCUCUUUAGUCCUCAGGAACUCAGAGAAGGAGUUAACCUUCAAUAAUUUUAAUUUUAACACUUAUAUAAUAGCAUAUUAUAUUCUUAAUAUAUUAACAUUGUAUUUAACAUAUAUAGUAUUGAACAGAAAAUUAAAAUGUGUUAAAAUGACAAUGUUAAACAGAAUUAGAAAUAAAAAAUCAUGA